AUGUUCAGCCCAAGCGAUGUAAAGAACAUCUUCGCUCUUUUUCCUCCACAAGAGACUUCCGAUUUCAUACCACAGUUCACACUAUCAUCUCGUGGCCAUGGUUUCGUGACCCUCCAGUUCGCCCAAGCACAGUUCAGAGGUCGAGUAACCAAAGCCGACUUCGCUACGCAACACGAUAUCUGGCUCAACAGUUUGGACGCUCUACUCGCCGACCAUGAUGGCGAAGUGCUGAGUAUUGACGGCUACGUAUGUAAAAGAUCUUACGAAAGCGCCAUUUCGGAAGCUAUCUCCAGUCGGGUUGAUCAAGCGCUCAAGAACGUGCAAACAACCAGCAUCAAGUCAGAAGACUUACCAAACAACCCAUCAAUAUGGUUCAUCUCCCACACUCUGAACCAAGUCUUAGAGAAGGAGAAUCUCACCUCUCAAUUUCACAUCCAAGAAUCCAAUGGUACCAUCUCCUGUACACCCAAACAACUCAUCGAAUCCAAACGCGACGCAACGCUCAAUAGUCUCCAAUCCGGCGCACUCGCGUACCUCGAUCUUCAGAAAUUCGCCUCCGACUACCCCGACUUCUUCUCUACCUACAAAGACGCCGUCUCCCACUUCCAAAACCUACCCAACAUCACCGUACUAGACACCUUCGCCGUCUCCAAACCAUGGACAACGCAAAUUCAGCAAGACUGCAUCCGCAUCCUCGAACAAGAAGGCUCCACACUCGACGUAACCGAAGUAAUCGGAUCCCGUCUCCCCGCCAGCAUCGUCGAAACAGUCUCCUCGCAAUCCAAAGACGCCAUCAUAAGCGCCCUCUCCCAAAAGCCCCCAGGCCAACGCAUCAUCCGCGUCGGCCACCUCAUCCUCACAGAAACCAGACGUGACGGCGCCAUCGACGAACUCGCAACCUACGCAACCCAAGACGCCCAUUCCCAAUGGCAAACUCUCCUCAACGAUCCCACAACCACAAACAACACCACCACAGCCCCCGACCCAAAGUAUUCACGUGACAGAAUCCGCAAUCUAAUCCCCCCUUCAGGCCUCGUCCAGCGCCUCCUCCUCGCCACAAAACCCGUCGACAAAGCGCUAGAAGAGACUUUCUACAACACGCUCGCGCCUCUGGAAACCGCAAAUGAAGAAGAUUUCGCUACAUACUGGUCUGACCGCUGUCUCGCCCGCUACAACAUCUACAGCACAGGUCUAACAGGCGUCUCGGACCCCAAAGUGCACGACCAACUCGCCCAGCUACUCGCUGCGUAUGCGAAGAAAGAACUUAUACCGGAUACGCUGGCUAAAGCGCGCGCACAGCGUCUGGUGCAGAGUCGGCGGACGCGCAAGAAUGUCGCGAGGUUGAGUGGUGUGCUGGAGACGGUGGAGGGCGUGGCUGGUAUUGCGACGGCGUUGGACAAGUUUAAUAAGAAACAGGGGGUUGAGGCACCGGGGGAGACGACGCUGGUGGCGGCGAAGAAGGUCAUGGUGGAGGAUAUGCUGAGGCGGUUGCAGAAGCAGAAGGCGAGUGAUGGGCCGGUGUUAUUUUUGACCCUCGUGGUUGUGCUGUUUGCAAGACAGUAUGAUGGUGUGGUUUAUGCGACGGGCAAGUUUGCACCCAAGUUAUUGAAGCAGCUCAAGGGGACGUUGGAUAAGGUGCAGUAUGAGAAGGUGGAGGCGUGGAAGGAGGCUGCGAAGACUAAUGCGUUGACUCCCGAAGACAGGGCGGAGAUGGUGAAGAUGGCUGAGGCCGGAGGCGAUUAG